AUGCUUGAAAAGAAUCCAAAACAGUGGCAUGAGAAGCUGUCAGAAACUCUGUGGGCAUAUAGAACUUCAAAGAGAGAAGCGACUGGCAUGACUCCCUACGCGUUAACCUACGGUCAUGAUGCAAUUCUGCCUAUGGAGAUAGCUGUUCAGUCCCUCAGAAUUGCUCACCAACAUGACUUAGUAGGAGAAGACUACUCCCAGGCCAUGCUGCUGGAACUGGAAGGAUUGGAUACAGCCAGAAUUGACACUCUCAACAAACUCCUGGCAGGAAAACAGGCUGUAUCAAGGGCCUACAACAAAAGAGUCAGGAACAAGAGUUUUGAAGAAGGGGAGAUAGUCUGGAAAGCAGUUCUGCCCCUUGGAACACAUGUGGCUGGUUAUGGAAAAUGGUCACCUACAUGGGAAGGUCCUUUCAUAAUCAGCCAGAUCCUUGGAAUGGGGGCAUACAGGUUGCAGGAUAGGAAUGGAGAAGUUCAUACGGCCCCGAUCAAUGGCAAAUGGUUAAAAAGUUUUAUCCAACCAUGUGGGAUUCACAGGCUGUACAAACAGACCCGGGGAUAG